GUUUUGACCAAAUCAAACUUUACUUAGUGAUAAAUUAUGUGAUAGUUGGAUUUUUAUACAAAUAACAUGAAGAAACCGGAGUUAAUCUGCCUGCUGUGCGUGCUCCAGUACACCUCGGCCGAAAUCUACGCUAUACGAUUCGACUCGCAGUUCUACUUUGACGAAUUCGAGGAUGUCCCUGCCAGUUUUGGGAAGAAAUUGUCAGAUGGAGUGGUUCGCGGCGUCUUGGUGAACGCCGACCCUCCUGACGGCUGCACCAGCGCCCUGAAGCCGCCCCCCAAAGACGUGGAGAACGAGACGGGGCGAUGGAUCGUGCUGAUGCCGCGCUAUAACGACGUUUUGAAUUGUUCUUUCGAGCAAAAGGUCCGCAUGGGUCAGGGGGCUGGUUACGACGCCGUCGUGGUCCACAAUGUCCACUCGAACCAGCUGGUUCCAAUGUCGGCGAAAAACGACACCGGAAUUAACAUUCCUUCAGUAUUUGUGAGCGAAUCUUCCGGCUCGACGCUGAAAUCGAUCUACGCCAAUCCGCAAUAUUUCAUCGUGAUCACCGGGGAAUCACCGUUUAAUAUUCAGACGCAUCUCCUGAUCCCGUUUGCGAUUGUCGUGGGGAUUUGUUUUAUCGUAAUGAUUAUCUUUCUGGUGGUGAAGUGUAUUAAAGACAGGAGGAGGCAGAGGAGACAUCGCUUGCCCACGUCCACGCUUAAUAAAAUUCCGAUUUGUAAAUACCAAAAGGGGGAUCCGUACGAGACGUGCGCCAUUUGUCUUGAUGACUACAUCGAGGGCGAGAAGCUCAGAGUUCUUCCAUGCAAUCACGUUUACCACACGAAAUGCAUCGACCCGUGGCUGACGAAGAACCGGCGCGUGUGCCCCAUUUGCAAGCGCAAGGUGUUCGCCCACGACGAGCCCCAGCACGACUCUGACAGCGACUCGGACGCCGACGACACGACCCCCCUUAUCAACUCGAAUAACCGGGGCACCGAAGGGGGCACCUUCCAGCAACAGAGCGAGAAUCCGUUCCGUCGGGCCGUUCGCUCAAUUUCUCAGCAAUCAGGCGCUGUUAAUUUCGUCACAGCCUCUGAUCAUCACAGCAUCAACGGUGAUUAUCAAAGUUGUAACUCUUCGACGACAGAAUCUGAGGAAAGCGGACGAGUUUGUGAUAAUUUAGAUGAAGUUCACGUUCACACACAGCUCGAGGGCAGUCACAGUAGUGGUGAUGUACACGUAUGAGUUGUUUCUUUGGCUCUUGUCGAUUUGUUUAGGUUUAGUUGCUUUAACUUCUAGUCUCGGACGAGAAGGUUAAGAGCUGGUGCUAUUAUCAGUUGAAUUAAAUUUAUUCUCUGACUUGUAUUUUUAUUUUUAGGUUAUUGUUUUUUGAUUUGAGGCGAGGCACGGCCUUGUGUAAGCUUAUACGAAAUAUAUUUUUGAUGGUCGAAAUUACUUUUUGUUACGGUUGUGAUUUGAAUUACUAACACUCGUAAGUUUUAAAUUUUAUUUGUAUAUUUAUUGUUUUAUUCUUAUGCCAAAUAAUAAUCUAAGUAAGUGUAA